AGUUUAGAGACCUCUGCUGUGGAAGAACGGGUCGACAAUAAGCAGAAGGUCAUAGCUAUUGAAAAUCUUGGAUUCACUCAUGAACCCAAUGAAGAUCAGGGUGAACUUAAUCAACAAGAUCCUCUUUUUGGAACUGUGGUCAUUACCACAAGUGAAUUAGAAGAAUACAUCAGCACUUCAGCAGAUAGUGAAAUGUCAUUAACAAGUGAGCUGUAUGGGCCAGACAUAGAUAUUACGUCUUUAACACAAAACGGUCAUAUCCCGGUGGACAUUGUUAAUGAAGUGCAAUCAUCCUCAAAUGAGGAAACCAUCACAAUCUACUUGAAUGAAGUUGACCAUGAAAACAGAGAACCCGGCAUCAAGGAGGAAAAUCUACCAAUAUUGCAGACAUCAUGUCAUGAGGACAUAACCAUAGGUCAAGAGCAAACUCUAGAUGAUGAAAUGGGAAUGUCAAAUGAACCAGCUGUGCAAGAAGAGGAUGAUUUAGACUUCAAUGUGCCCUUUCACAGCAUGCUGGAUGUCAGCGCGCAGAAAAGCCGCGUCCUGCUCCUCAGAAAGACUUCAGUUCGCCGACGCCCAGGGCAGCGUCCGGUAACAUUUCAGGAAGAGCUGGCUGAUCCAUUAGCACCCCCACCACUAGAAAUGGGCGUGCCACUAGCUCCAGAGUCAUCAAGUCCCACCGGAGAAGCGACAGAGACGAGCAACGCCUCAGAGCCAUUAUUACGUAGAAAGUCCUCUAUUCGUCGACGGCCACGUCCAGCAACAUUUCAGGGGGAGUCAUCAUUGCCAUGGAUCACAUCUGCGGAGCCACCACACCCCACCGAAGAACUCGGGAAUGAGAGUACCAUCUCAGAGCAGACAUUAAAUAGAAAGUCCUCAAUCCGUCAACACCAGGAACAGCAUCCAAUGGCAUUUGAAGAUGAGCCAAUUGAGCAAUCACUGCCCUUGAUCAUGCCGCAAAAAAUGGGAGUUCCAAAUUUUCUUGGGGGGAUACCCAUACUUUCACCAACUGUGGCCCCAGCUCCUGAAUCACCACACCCUGCUGAGGAACCCAGGGAUGAGGGUACCACCUCAGAGCCAAUGUUACGCAGAAAGUCCUCUGUUCGUCGCCCCAAAGGGAAGCAACCAGUGACAUCCGAGGACCAGCCCACUGGACCACCAUCGUCAGUGACUGCGCCAAUAAGAAUGGGAGUGGCGCUAUUCCCCGGGGUUCCUGCACAUAUGAGCUCAGCUCCUGUGCCAUCACGCCCUGAAGAGGAACCCAAGGAGGAGAAGACGGCCUCAGAGGAACUCACUAUAAAGCCAAAGAAGGGGUUCCUAAAGCAUGCUGGGUUUGGAGGGGCCCACCCUGGGAUGAUGCAAGAACUGCAGGCUCGGCUCCACAAGAAGAAACCGAAAGAGUGA